AUGACGGUUUCAGAGAAGCGGUCCCGGGGAGGGAACGCGUGCCCGGUUGGGGAAGCGCCUGCGGCGGCCGCACCCCGCCCCCGACACCACCCCCCCCCCCCCCCCGCGCGCGCGGCGCCUGCUCUUUUCGGGGAGCCCACCUUCGCGGGGAAUCCCCCCCGCCCGGCAGUCCCCCCGCGUCUGCGGCGCGGCCGCCCGGCUUUGUCUCCGGCGGCGUCGCGCUCCGGCGCUCGCUCUCCCACAUUUCCCCGUGUGCAGGCUGUAACCCGAUCUCCCAUUUCCUGGUGGAUUCUCUUAAAGAGGCAGCGGUCGAGAAGCAGAACAAAGGCUAUUGUUUUAUUUCCUCCUUUGGAUUCCGCGUCCUUACCGGAAUGUCCCUUCAUACAUGAUUAUUGUCACUGCGUCUCUGCUGGGGCGCGGGGAAGCGGGGCGGCGGGGGGGGGGGGACCUUGUGCAUUUCAGGGUAGCUCAGAGACCGAGGCGGGGAAGGUGGGAGGCGUUUCACAAAACCUGUCUUGUGGUUUCUGGGGCCCCAGCGUAACGUUUUUUUUCCAACGUGUCUCCCCGGACCUGGAGAUUGCCCGGCCGCGCCCGGGCAGCCGGGCUCCCGGCCCGCAGAGGGGAUCACGGCUGCGCGGACGCGCGUGGGCCGCGCUGCGGGGGGCUGAGCCGCGCGCUCCGCUGGCGGCCCUGGCCUCGCGCGGCCCCGCUCCCCCGGCUUCCCUCCGCCGCCGCCCCUCCCCCCGCCCGGCUUUUAUUUCCCCGAUGCCGGGCUGUAACCCGAGCUUUUAUUUCCUGGUGGCUCCUUUAAGAGGCAGAGCUCAGUGCUGGGAAUUCACGUCAGUUUCUGCACUGAAACUCUCAAGAUCAAUGAGCAAAGAGCUUUCUCAGUUCUGCCUUUCAGUUUCUCUCUUCCAGGAAGGAAAACAUUCGAGAGAGCGAGGGAGAGCGGCGGGAGGGCGGGGGGCGGGGGCGCCGGCCGCGGGUGGGAGGAGAGAGCGGGAGGCCGGCCGGGCUGCGCCCCGGGUCGCCGCGCCGCGCCGCGACCUGCAGACCCCGCCGCCGCGCUCGGGCCCGGCUCCCACGCCCCCGCCGCCCCGCGCACCCAACUCCGCCGGCCGCCCCGCCCCGCGCGCUCGCAGACCCCCGGGGCGGCUGCCGGGAGAGAUGCUGCAAGAAACUUCUUAAAUGACCGCGUCCGGCUGGCCGUGGAGCGCUUCUGGGUUGGGGAGAGGAAAGGAAAGUGGAAAAAAACUGAGAACUUCCUGAUCUCUCUCGCUGUGAGACAUGUCUGAGACUCCUGCUCAGUGUAGCAUUAAGGUAAAGAUCUUCUCCCCCUCCCUCUGCGUGCUCGGAAACCUUGAGCUGCACCGGCCGGGGCAGUAGUGCUGGGCUCUUCCGAGGGGGCUGUUGCAGUUGCCUCGGUUGCAGUGAAUUAUUUGGGGCGCCAGGGAAGGAGAUGCAGCUCGCGGCGGCGGCUGUACCCUUUCGUGUAACCUUGCUGCUCCCCCCCCCCAGCCCCCUCCCCGCCCCCCCCCCCCCCCCCCCAGCCCACCCCCUUUCUUUUUGACAAUUAAAUGCCCGUCACAAUUGGGCAGGAGGAACCCGAGUGGUCUCUAGACCUGUAAGACACUCCCGUAAUUAGUGCGCUUUUGUAAAAAAAACAAAAACAAAAACAAAACAACAACAAACCUGCUCCUACUCCUACUGCCAACAUGUGACUGAAAUGUAACUUUUGUUCCGGAGGGGUGGUCUCCUUAGGAAAAAAAAAAAAAAGUGACUGCAUCUCCAACGGGAGCUGAAGAACUUUUUUUUUUCCCCCUUAAAGGACUCCCGGGGUCAGAUCAGACUGGAUUUUUCCCCCCUCCUCUGAUUGUAAUUUCAAGCACUGUCGGAAAGACAGCCCUGGUGUCAGCUUUUCCUGGGCAUUUGCACAAUGAAUUUCGUUCUUUCUUUUUUAAACCAAGGUAAUUAAAGUUGCCGAGUGGUUAUUGUACUCCGAUGCAUAGGAGAGUUAAGUAAUCCCAAAGUAGAAAACUCCUGUGAUGCAUUAUCUGAGUGACCAGGCAAAGUGACCUUCCCUGUUUGACAGUGCGGGGAGGGUAUCUGAGAGUAGAAAUCUCCCGGCUUUCUGGUGGUGUUUUGCAGCAUUGUAAAUGCAGGAUGGUGGAUGUUUGCAAACACGGUGUUUGGUUCCAGUAUAUGUACAUGUGUAUGUAUCGAUAUCUAUAGAGCCGGUGGUGCUGUGGUUUGUUGCUUCUAAAAAGUUGUAAAGUUUGCCACCGUGAGGAGGCAAGAUGAUUUGUCCAUUUCCCCCAAUUAUUUUUCCCAUCGCCGCAUUUAUUGAACACUUUAUUUAUUUCACGAUUCCAUCCGUCCCCCAGGUGGAAGAGCCUUCUGCUUCUGCCCGAGGCUGAAGCCACCGAAGUUUGUUUUGUUUUUGGCUUGGGCCAUUUAAUAUGUGCUCAUUGAGUGGACACUGCAGAAACAAUGAACAAAUAACCUGUUUUCCUCAUCUGUGGGGAAUUAGAGAAACCUUUCCUGUUUUAACAUGGCUUUUCCAUUAGGGUCUGUUUAAAGGAAACAGUAUUUUAUUAUAUUUGCUUGCUAGGUUUUCAUAAUCAUACUCAGAUUUUAGUGUUUCUUAUCAGGUGAGAUUUUCAUGGAUUUUAAGAUAGGGCUAAUGUGAACUUAAAAAGUGGGUUGGGUUUCUUUGUUUUUGCCUCACAGGAAUGCCCAGUGGAACUUUUGUGUUUGUAUAUACCUGGGGUUAUCCGUAUGUCUGUGGUGAAGGGGGUGUCCCGGUAAAUAAUUUAAGCUACUUGUAUACUUCAAAACUAGUUUCUUUUGCUGUAUGAAUUAGAUUCUACAAUGCACACGGUAUGGAUCAUCUGUUUGGACGCUUCACAACACAAACAGAGGGAACUGCAUAAUAGGGAUUAAAUCAGUAAAUUGUAUUUAAUUCGAUGGCAGUAACUCUGGCAUCAGGAAAACCGGACCAGCUACGGGGUCCUCAUUUUCGGGUGACCGCAACAAAAAGCUAUCCUUUCUGUGACUUUUCUUGAUACUUCUUUUAAAGGGACUGCAUAUCCCCACCGUUCUCAUGGGCUGAUUUAUGUUCGUGCAUAAAUCAGAAAACUCCUACUGAGUGGCUGGUUCCGCUGUACUCCAGUGGGAAGAGUACAACAGCCCCUUUCCUUGCUCAGACAUGCAGAACUGGUCCCAAACCCAGACAAAAUACCGUCUUAAAUGUGACAUAAAAAUUUCUUCCCUUAUUGCUUACCCUCAGUUUGUUUGUUUGCUUUUUUUUUUUUAGGUGCCUCUUUUCGUGACUUUGUAUUUCCGUGUAAUUGAGCUAGAUUGAAUGUUCUCCACUGGUAAUGAAGUAUCACUUUUAUUUGGAUGGUUCUUCACGGAGCCAGUGUAUGACUGUUCUGUUUGCUGAGACUGUGCAUAUGUUUAGGUGCACAUAGGUGAGGUGUAUUUUUUCCAAGGAGUUUGCUUAAUUCGCUGUGUUCCAGUAAUAAGUGUUGCAGAUCAAGGCCUGGGGAUUAUUCCGGGUCAUCUGAAAAUGUUCUGGUGAUGUGUGCAGUGUUUCAUUUAGUCCUUGGGAUGUGGUACAGUGACUGCAUAAUAAAAAAUGUUUGCUGGUAACCCGCAAGCAAGUACCGGGAUUGCUUUUAGAGCCCAGUAAACAAUAAACUUUUCUGUGGAGCAAAGAAGGAAUGUCAGAAGCUGUCAAGGAUGACCUGAUGAUUCUGAUGGAUUGAAGACAUGUGACACGGAAACGUGGCUCUAGGUGGAGAGAUUUCCCUUACUCGUCCACUCCACUCCUGAAACCUUCCUCCCUUGCUCCUGUUCCUUACAAGCAGCUGGUCAGCAAGCGGUAAACUCGGCAGCUGGUGCGAUGGCACACAGAGGCAGCCACGGAGGGAAGUGCUUAGUUUACUUCUGAGCAGUGUCUGUUCUGCUAGAAAAGACCAGUGUACCAUUUGGGUGCAAUUUCUAAGGUGAAAGUUUUUGAAUCAGUCAAUCAGCGACACCUUCGUAUGUAUCACUUAUGUGGCAGUGGGUGACCUUGGAUGCCUGAUAAAGCACUUUUAUAUUUCUUUGGCGUUUUAUAGGCAUCUUUCCGUCACGUAGGGAGGUGACUUUCAGAUGCGCAUUGUACAGGAGAAGACAGGUUGACUAGCCCAAGGUCACCCAGACUGUCGUGGAGCCCACACUGUUUCCCUGCACCGAGCUGCCCCAUGCGUGGAGUGACACUCUAGUCCAAGAGUUUAAAUGCUUCCCUUCCUGAUCCUUGGGAUUGUUCAAAUGUAAGGAUGGGGCAACCAACUAUAUAAAAAGUCAAAUAACUUUUUUUCAGAGGAUUGUGUGGCUGACUGCGCCGGUCAUGGGACGAAGGAAGGAAGAGGCUGUCUUUUCCAUCAUCAGCCUUCACCUUCAAAUCACCUGUUCAGUGUUAAGUUCAGCCAGCUUGCUGUGGAACGUGGUUAUGGCGCAGCAGACAUAGUCCUUCAUGUCUUGGUAGGCUGUUUUAGUCGUGAGGGCCAUCCAGGUUACCAAAACUAGUGGUAUAACUUCCUCUUCCCCUUUUCACUGCCCUCCCUACUUGUCUCUACUCUCCAAUAUGGUUGGCUUUCUUGGCAGAAAGAAAUCUUUUUUCUUUUUUUUUUUUUUUUUGCUACAACUUGGAUGGAUGGAUGGAUGGAUGGAUGGAUAGAUAGAUAGACAGAUAGAUAGAGUGAGUGAGUCCAGAUUUCCCCUACUGGACUCUGAGCUCCUUGUGUUUAGCGAUGAUUGUCUUUGUAUCCUGCUACCUAGCUUGGCACCUGGCAUAGACAUGUUUCUCAGUAAUGUUUGCUGAUUUGAAGUGAGGCAUGGGAGGAGGUCAUUGCCCUUUCUUCUGUUUGUCCCUGUGUACCAAAGGCUGACUUAACACCUGCAUCCAUUAGCUUGCGUCAAGUAUUUAAUAGAGCCACACUGCUCUCUCGGGGAGGCCUACGACACUCUCUGGGUGUCGGUCCAAAAAUGAUUAUCAGUAGAAUUUUGGUAUAAUAAUACUAUUUUUAUCAUUUUGGUAAAGUUAAACAAAAACGUUUGUGUCUAAACAAAGGAAUUGAGUAAAAGAUCAUAAAAGGGCCUGAAGAAUUACCUUAGAAUCACGUUAGGCUCAGAUUCGCAGGCUUCUAAGUUUCCCCCAGUCUCUCGGACAGUUGAAUCGGGGAACGUUCAGGCUUUCAGAGCUGGAAGACCUUAGAGAUCACCUGGGCCAGCCUCUUAUUUUCAUAGGGAGGGGCUCCAGAGAACACAGUGGCUUGGCUUUGGCGAAUUGGUGACCGAGCCAGGUUGAGAGCAGCGCAGGCCGUGUUCUCAGGCCCCUGCCCUGCAUUUGCUGGGUUCGUGAUGCAUCCCUAUAAAAGGCCAAGGACAUUCGAUACAAUAGGCUGCACUCUCUCCAGCACUUCCUAGCUUGGUCCAUUUUAAUCCCAAGCCAGCUGGUAUGAGGGCACGGAGGUAUGUGCCAAGGAAGAUGUGUGUGGGGGGGAAGCCCUGGGCCCAGAGGGUGUAUUGUUAGACGUGAGAAGAGGAAGGAGUAGGAGUAGGGGAUCAGGGAAGAGGGACUUGACAGACUUGUAUUUGCACCACUGUUUGCAGCACCAACUUUUGUUUUUUUUUAAUUGUAAGACACGCACGAUGUUCCGUUUACUGUCUUACCCGUGUUUAAGCGUCCAGUUCAGUAGUGCUAAGUAUAUUCGCAUGGUUGUGCAACAGAUCUCUGGAACUUUUUCGUCUCGCGGCUCGGAAACUCUGUACCCACUAAACACGAACUAAACACUGCAUCCCUCUCCCCUCCUCCCAGCCCUUGGUAACCACCUUUCUGUUUUCUGUUUCUAUGAUUUCGACUACUUCAGUGCUCUGUGGAAGUGGAAUCCUAGACUGUCAUUUUGCUUAUCGUAAUGUCUUUGAGGCUCAUCCACGUUGUACCAUAGCAGGUAAUGUCUUUGAGGCUCAUCCACGUCGUACCGUAGCGGGCACGGGAUUUCCUUCUUGUUUUAAGGCUGCGUAAUAUUCCAUUUUAUGUGUAUGCCACAUUUCCUUUACCCGCUCACCCGCUGAUGGAGAUUUCAGUUGCUUCUGUCUCCUGGCUGUUGUGAAUCCAGCUGCAAUGAACUUAGAUGUGCAGUUAUGUCUUCGAGAUCCUGCUUUAAAAAUUUUUUUUUUUUUUAACAUUUAUUUAUUUUUGAGACAGAGAGAGACAGAGCAUGAACGGGGGAGGGUCAGAGAGAGAGGGAGACACAGAAUCUGAAACAGGCUCCAGGCUCUGAGCAGUCAGCACAGAGCCCGACGCGGGGCUCAAACCCACGGACAGUGAGAUCGUGACCUGAGCCGAAGUCGGCCGCUUAACCGACUGAGCCACCCAGGCGCCCCUCGAGAUCCUGCUUUAAGCCCUUUGGAUGUAUGCCCAAAGAUGGGACGCAUGGAAUGCAGGAACACUUUUUUUUCUUUUUUUUUUUUUUUUUUUUUUUACAGUGUGUGAGAAGUCUGGUACUUCUGUGCUGGGCUGAGGGAACUGGGCCUGUUAUGAAAAGCGCCCUUUUCUGAGGAAACCUUGGGUGGGCCAUAGGCUCUUUUAUCUAGGGGUGGCCAAACUUAUACCUCAGUUGAGGUGUAGUAAGCUUCCUGUUUCACACAGUAUGAGCUAAAAGCAUGGCAGUUGGUCCUAGAAAAGUAGCUUCCUUCCUUCACAUAGGUCAGUCAAGGGAAGAGGUACCCCUGAUGUGGCUACCAGAGAACCCAAAGGAAUUCUGUAAAUCUAAGUUGAGCUGCGUGCACUCACGCCAAGGAAGGUAGAGGGGCAAGGAGGCACGGGGUUAUUGGGACGAACGGGAAGAGCCGUUUCAUUUCAUUACCAACUGUGAAAAGUUGCCCUUUGGUGUGGUUCUCCCAGCUAAGCAGCGCAGUGUUAAAUGAAGCCCCCUAGGGUGUGGGGGUUUACAAAUGGCAUAUUUUUCUCUGUGAAUGUGACUUUAGCAAAAGUGCUGGUGUUCGUUUUCAGGCAGAGUCUGGCCCUGCUGUAUUCGUUGUUAGACGUGUGUCAGAAACCAAUCUCUGUGUGUAUUUGUUGCCGAGAAUGAAUGUGAGUACACUCAGGGUUCCCAGGCCAAAAGGGGCCCCGCUGAAAAACUAAUCCCCGCCACACCUAGUAUUUGGGGAGUGGAAGAGUAGGCUGAAUUAGCAAGAAGUUGGGAUUAUGGCCCAUUGAGCAGAAAACACAUUCUUAUUUAUUUCUCAACGUACAGGAACCAGACUGAUAAAGCGUUGUUCACUGGGGCGUCUCAGGAUGAGCCCCAGCGAAUAGGCAAAAAUGACGUGUGUUCCACAUCACCUGUUGGUUAGAAAUGAGUGCUGCUGUGUGCUCGAAACUGUUCUUUCAGUGUCGAAAUGGUACCACAAAUAUAUCAUUUGCCUGAUAAGCCUUUCUUCUGAGGUGGUGAAAAUGUACAGUUCAUCUGGUCUUGGUCUAAAUGAGCUGGAAUUUUCAGACUGUGGGAGGAUGGUGGGGGUGUUGAGUGAGGAAGGCAUUAGCCCGAGUUUGGUAAGUGUGGAUUCCCAGAUGAGCAUGGCUGCGUCUGGGUCCUGUGGAUUAAUGCUUAUGGAAAACUGGGGAACACUUGCAUUUUGGAGCUUUCCCAGUUCUGUGAUUAAAGGUGUCUGUCAGCUGUUUUAGUGGUCAUUGCUCCUACCUUUUCUCCCCUUCCUCCUCCUUCAUCACCACCACCACCAACGUCGUGUAUGGAAUACCCCUGUGUGCUGGUCUGUGUGCUAAGGGCUUUACCUACAUUAUUUUGCUUACUCUUCACAACUCUCUCGAGGAGAGAGAUUCUGAAAGAUUCUGAAGCCCGGAGUGUUUAAGCCAUGGAUUGGUCCAAGAGCUCACCUGCCAUAGGUGGUAAAGCUAGGGCCUAUAGUUCCAAAGCAUUUUCCAUGACUGUUCUUGGGUGCGGCCAUCUUUAUGAAGAGAAGUAGGAAAUCGAGAGUGACGAGUGAUGGUGGAGGCUCCCAUGAGCUGGGAUGAAGGGCAGGAAUGAGGCUGCAGAGAUGUUUAUGAGGCUCCAAGUUCCCUUCCCAUUCUGGGUUCCCCUGAAGGUGGAUUUCUCCUCACUGUUCCUCUCACGGUGGGGAGAGCUAGAUGGCCACACUGUGCAAACCAUCUUCGAAUCAAUGUCCAGAUCUUCCAUUUUUAUUCCAAUCUCUGGUAUUCGCUAGCGAUGUUUUGUCUUUCGACGGGUUUCAUUUUGGGCCCUUUAUGUUGUCAGAAACCUUUCUUUUCCCUCUCUGCCUUUUUCUUCUUUCCCCUGGCACCUAAUUUCACCUGAAUGUGGGUGACAGGCUGUGCGGUGUCCUCUCAUCCUGUCCAGCCUCUGGGUUGGAUGCCUUUGUCUGCGUUACUCUCUGGUCAGUCUCUUUUCCUUCCACGGCUUUUUUUUUUUUUUCCCUCCCUUGAAACUCUUUACACUAUCGAUCAACGUAAAAUUUUUCUUUAACCCAUCCCUCAUGUACAUCCUCAAUACUGUAUGAUUUCUGGGAAUCUGUUUGAGAUCUUUUCAGAUAUUCCCUGAUUAUCGUCUACCACCAAAGGAAUCAUCUUUUUUUUCCCCCUCCCUCUUUCCUGAUAGCCUGACCACACUGGCCUGGUUUAUUUUACUUGAGUGAAGAGAGGAUUUUGGCCAUCUGACUUCACAACAUUUUGGAUUUGAAUGGCUCUAACAAAGCCUGUCUACAGAGCAGAUGUGGGGAAGGAAGCAGAGAGAGAGAUUGUGUGGAGGUAAUAAGAAGGAAUCUAAGAUCGCCCAAGCCAAAUUUCUCAUGAAACAGAUGAGGAAACUGAGUCCGUUGGCAUUUAUUUAUUAACUUAUUAAUAUUUUAUUGAGACAGAGCACAAGCAGGGGAGAGGCAGAGAGAGAGGGAGACACAGAAUCCGAAGCAGGCUCCAGGCUCCGAGCUGUCAGCACAGAGCCUGACAUGGGGCUUGAACCCACCAACUGUGAGAUCAUGAUCUGAGCCAAAGUCGUACGGUUAACCGACUCAGCCACCCAGGCACCCCUGAGUCCUUUGGCAUUUAAAUAGCAUGCCUGAGAUCACAUUGUGCAUUGUACCUGAGCCAGAGCCAGAGUCAGAAUCAGAAUCAGGUGUUCUGUCCUCGGGCCAUGUCCCUCUAACACUGGCUGGGGAAAAGUGAUACAGAGCAGACAAGAAUUCAGAAAGUGAAGCUUUAUCACAAGGACUCCUAUAGAGUUAAACCCAUUUGUAUGGCACCCCACAAUGACUGAUGAUAUUAAUGAUCAUAAUUAUGACUUCCAAGUUAAAGACAAGCUUUAAGUUAUGAGAUUUAGGAAGUGAGAAAAUGUAAUGCAUUUUGGAAAGCUAUCCAACAAAAAUGUUUGGCAUAAAAAUAAUGUGAAGUUUUAAAAGGCUACGCUUCAGUUAUCUGGAUGAAUGACUUACGAAAAAUAUGUUAGUCCCCAGUGAAGACAGGAAGGAGCUAUCUAAUAAAUCUGUAUGCUCACCAGACCUGUGUACUCCUUGGGGGUAUUUUCCCUUUGUGUGUGGGAGUCAGACAUACGGAAAACGAUCUCAUUUCCUGAAUGACCUGAAAAGGACGCAUCACCCCGCCAGCACGAGCACUAAGGGUGAGUGUGCACAAUGAUGUAAGUGUCGCCACAGUGUAGUUCCAGUCACCUCUACUUCAGAUUUUGAUUCGCAUUUUAUUCUGUCUGGUGUUCUUUGGUUCUCAUCUAUAAAGUCGAUUUCCCUUAAGAGGAUUGUAAGUUGCUGGGAAGAGGGGCCAGUCAUUGCCUUACCGCCGAGCCCUUCUCGGGGAAGACCAUGGACACGGGAGUGGACCGACAGGAGUGUGAAUCCUGGUCCUUGAACUUGAAUUUAUUAAUCUUCAUCUUCAACCUGUGAACUCAUCUGAAGUGGUAAUAAAGAUACCUGUCUCUUGGGAUAUGUCAAUUUCAUAAUGCAGCAACUUACUUUGUUAAAGAAAAAAAAAAGGUAGUUCUCUCUCCCUUUAUGUAUCCUCCACAAUAUCUAGAUCUGGAAGGAGCUAGAGAUUUUCUAGAGCGUGCCUACGUGAUACAGUUGGUGCAGCGGCCAGAGAUGUUGACGGUUUGCUCACGUGGCUGGUAGGUGGCACCUUCCAGAACCAAAGAUCUAGGUCUCCCCAGUUGGCCGACUCCCAGCAAGCGUCCUUGCCGCUGUCCCACUGGUUUCUCCUAGGGCUGGGGUCACUCAGUCCUGGUUGAGCAAAGCUCAUAGUUUAACUUUAAUUGAAUGCAAGCCUUGACAAUAGGACAGAUGAGCCAGCUGCGGUUACAUGAUAAUAACCAAGGCCUUUGGCAUCUUCCAGUAAAGUUUUGAGGGAAUGGCUAGUACGGUUCUGAAUAAGUUUCAAAGAUAAAAAGAAAAGGAAAAAAAAAAAAAACCCUAAGCCUGGAAGUACUGUGCAGUGACUCUAACUAGCAUUAUUACUCAGCACUCAAGUAUUUGAACCUACUCAGGGAUCCGCUGGUUCACACAGUUGCUUAUUAUUUGCGGCUGGGGUGAGACUUGAACGAGGGCAUCGGUUCUUUAGUCUGCUUUUGUUGAACAGGCAGUUCCACGUCUGUCUGACCACAGAGCAGACACUGUUUGCUGAGGGGUGGUGAAUUUCCAGUUUCAAGAGCCGGGAGUAUAUAUGGCUCUUGGUGGAAGUUUAUACAGAAGAGUCUGAGAAAGCCAAAUUUGUUACUUUGGGCCAUGAGGGAGCCUUUGUUUUUAGAUGUUCAGGGACCGACGUAUCUGUUUUCAGCAGCUUUGUUCUCUUUGCCGUGGACUUGAAAUGCUUUCCUGAGUUUUCCUCUGCGUGUCCACGUUCCAUGACAAGAUGAAAUGAAUGACCCUUUUUGAGGCACAGUGGGGAGAAUGUUGGCUCCUCGUCUGCUGACCCCACGCGGCGGGCGUGGGUGCUUUCGGGCUAUUGGAAAAAGAGCAUAGGUUUGGAAAGAAACCGUUCCUCUGCACUCUUCCUUGGAAAACACAAGUGAAAGCUGGAUAUUUUCUUCUCAGCUGCCUUGUCCCCUCCCCAGUGGGUUAUGACGGGCCAUGUAACUUUAUCUUUCUGGAGACUUAUCUGUGUAACAGGCAGUAACCCCUGCUCCACUGACAUCCCCUGUAUGUGAGGAAGCAGUAACCAAAGAUGAGAUGCUGACUCUAAACUAUUUCCUGGAAGAAAGGAGCUGCAGAUACAAAUCAGCCUGGUAAUUAAAAAAAAAAAAAAAAAAAUGAAGCCCCAAAGAACAGCCUGUUUGUCUCUGAAGUUACCCAUUUCUCUAACACCUUUCCUUGUCCCCUAGUGAAAGUGUGGGUCUGGGUGUGGCCCUGGUGACAGCGUUGGGAGAUGGGAAAGAAAGGAGAGGGCUCAGAUCUGCCCGCCUGGCCACAGGUGUGGCCAGAGCAGCGCUGGGCUCCCUGAUGGAGAAUCCAGGUCAAGGGACAAUUUAGAGUUUGUGUCAUCCAAAGCCUACUAAUUAACACUCAGAUCAAUACAUCUGCACUGGGGUGGGCAAGAGGGAAUGUCACAGAGACUUGAUAGAAAGGUGGGUGGGACUUUGCUGAGCUCUUUUCUGGAUUGUUCUGAGGAGCUCAGCCAAGGGAAGGGGACUUUUCUCCACCUUAGUUCCUUCAUUAUUCACUGUUGCUUCAAGACCAUUUGUCUUUCCCACAGUGUCCUUGACCAUCGAAUCAGAGUCUCCUGCCAGAGGAGAACCACAUAAGAGAGUCUUGUGACUCACCAUAUGGUCUAGCUGUGUCUUUUCACGUAUAGACAGACUUGUGAUCACAGGUGGGGCCCCCAAGGGGACAGAAGUGGAUUCUCUUUCCUCUGGGCCUGUGUGUGUCCUUGUGCCCAGCUUCCUGACACAUAGUUGGUACACCCUCGUUUUGGGAGAUGGAAAAUCGGAAGGAUUGGACCCCUGGUGCAUUUUGUAGUCGCUGUGUCCUCCUUUUGACCUGAGAUGUGGGAGGUUUCAGAUCUGUGUCAUGAGGUCACAUGACUGGUACUUUGCACUGUUGAGACCCAUGGCUCUCCUCACUCGUGGGUCUUGACAUUAAUGGCCAGUGAUGGGUGGGGACAGCAGGUCAGGAGUCCCUCUCACUUGGUGCCUUUGAUGUGGUCUGUGUUCGAAGUGAGGUGAACGAGGUGGGGAGAGCUGUCAUUUGGGACUGAAAUAUGAGUGACAUAGGUCCUUGGUCUGGAGGUGUCCUCUUCCCCCUGGCCAGGAGGGCUGAAUGACCCAAGGUGGCUGACUACAUCCCAGAUCCCCUGGAAAACUGCUAGCUCUUUAUUUGACUUUGUGCCAUUUAGUCCUUCCCUUAGUCUGCUGACUUGAAUACUUUAGGAUGAAGUGGAAGGAGAGACCUUAUGAGUCGAAAAGGUAAGAGUUUUUACCCUCCCAGGGCACCUGGGUUGGGUGGCUCCGUUGGUUAAGUGUCUGACUUCGCCUCAGGUCAUGAUCUCACGGUUCAUGAGUUCGAGCCCCACAUCAGGCUCUCAGCUGUCAGCUCAUGGAACUCCGCUUGAGAUCCUCUGUCCCUCUCUCUGCCCCUCCCCUGCUCGCUCUCUCUCUCUCUCAGAAAUAAGUAAACAUUAAAAAAUUAUUUAAAAUAAAAAAGAGUCUUUACCUUCAGAAAACCAGAGACACAGAGGCUCACUUUCUGAAUUUUGCAUUGCACUUUUUUGUGUCUCUGAGACUUUAUGCCUUUGACUGUGAGCUGGGUGGCGAUGGUCCAUUUCUCUGCAGACAGAAGCCCCCUGUAGGUCAGAUGUAGCUUUUGAACACAGUGGAAUCCAGUGGGGAUGUUGGAGGGCACAGGAAGGCCAGAGUGAUGAUCUUAUCAUCUUUGUGUUGCCAAGAUAGGCGGGGAGAUGGGCAAAGGGACCCGGGCAUUCAGAUACAUCUCAAGUGGGGCACCUAUUAGAAUAUCCGUCUUACUUACUCCCACCCUUCCCGGUACUUUGGCUCUUCUACACUACCUACCUCAGGAAAUUGAACCAGGGGGCCCUGAUAUCAAUGGCAGGAUAUUUCUUGAUCGUCUUUUGGGUGCAAGGGGAGAUCUGUGGGACAAGACCUCAGAGGGAAAAGAACCCUAAAACUGCAAGAAGGAAACAAGGUCUAGAGCCAUGCAGACCCGCUGAAAGGCCUAGUUAUUCCUGCAGAGAGGGAAGAGGUGGCCCCAAGGGCAGAAGUCACCGUUACUUUGAGUUAGCUCUUCUGAGAACUCUUCUGUCUCAAAAAAUUUGGUAAAAUAGCCAAAUGGAGCUUCUGUAAACCAUGGGGAAUGCCUAUGUGUGCUUUUGUGGUUAGCUCUCGUGUUGAGCAGUCUGAUUUAAGGGAAAGAUGCUUCUGUGUACAUUUCCAUUUCAGUUGUGGUAUUUGAAGGUUUACCAUGGAGGAGGAGGUGUGGGUGAAUGAGAAGACAGUCCUCUUGCCUCUUGCUUCAGUUAUAUCUAGGUUACAGGCGAAAGUAAGUUCACAACACAUCCACUUUCUUAUUCGGUCGGGUCCAUUUUAGGAUGGCCCGCAGAGGCCAGGGCAAAUCCAGUCACUCUACCUUGGCGCUCCUGUUUCUGGACUGCCGGACUCAAUGCCAAGUGGAUUAUUGGAAAGAAUUCACUUCACAGGCUUGGCUCCCGGAUUGGUGUCUGUGAUUCUCCGUGGGGUCUCGUAUUAGGGCUCUCUUCUCUUAAUCCUUGUGGGGCCCGUGUUGACAAGAUUAUGCUACUUUGGGGAAGUUCUGGCCGCACACUUCCCCAAGCAGGGUGAGGCAAGUGUUGUCCAGCUGGCUGCCUAUUGGGCAGUUGGCCAUGCUUGGCACUUCUGAGUUUCUGGUAUACCAGUUGCCAGAAAGGCAGUCUCUCAGCUGGUCCUGGUGUCCCCAGGGCACAAAUGUUAGGCUCUGGAGGAAAAUUUCGUAAGUUCGCAUUCAUUCUUUGUUUUCAUGUGUGUGCAUUUAUGGCAUUAUAAUUGAAGUGCAUUUAAAGAUGGCUCCACACUCCAAAGCCUAGCAAGUAGCUUCUUUGGGUCAGGGAGAGGUCCCAGAUAAAAUUAUUGAAGGCCCAUGUGCAAGAACGCGCACUGGAGGUUAGAAUGAGCCUGUGCUAAGGAGAACAGUGAGAGGGUCGCAGACACCAUGCCUUUAGAUGCUAUUUUUAGUUCUAGUCAUGACUGUGUGGUAUGGCUUAUGCUUCCUUGGGCAUCAUUCCGCUUUUAUUCUAAGCGUUUGUUCUUGUGACUCUGCGUACACGCUCGUGUGCAUGCUCACAGGAUCAUAAGUCACAGAAAUUACGGUAUAAUCUGUUUUCUAGCUUAUAGAGUGAAAGAUUGCACAAAACCCAGCCUUGUGGCAAGAAAACCUUACAUAUAGAUGUAAAAUAUAUCUCCUUGGAGGGCUGGCUUUCUGAUGGGCUAUAAACGGAUUGUUAAACAGCAAUGUGAGGGGCUGUUAACAAGCUGUUUCUAGGAGCAUCUCCCUGGUCUGGUCUGAAAAGGUAAUGUGUACAUAUUAGAGCUAUGAAAUAGUUUUCCUGUGGUGUUUAUAUGUUGGUAGAUCGUGUGUGUGUGUGUGUGUGUGUGUGUGUGUGUGUGUGUCUUCAGUGGUGAAUGAACUGAAGAGAUCCUUUUAAAUGUUGUUUCUUUUCUUCUACAUUAAGUGUCCACAUUCUACCUUGGGCUGUGUUCUGGUUUUUUAAGCUGGCUUAAGUGAAGAGGUGUUUGGUCAGCCAAACUUCAGAAAGCUUCAGUUCGUUUAUGAAAAUACCCUAUGUAUGCAAUCACUGCUUUAAGGACUUAGAAGACACCAAUGGAUGGGUAAAUCACCUCCUCAUGAGCAAAGUAGCAUUCAGGUUUCCAAGUUCAGCAAAGCAGUGUUCCUAUUAGGUAUCUAAUAUGAGUUGAACUCCUUUUCACGGUCAGGUGUCCUAGCUGAACGUGGGUCCGUGCCAGUUUCUGCUACUAUUGGAUUUUAAUGAGAACUCUUUCUUGUUACUAGGAUGCCAUGCUUCUACUGUGUUCACAGCUGCUGUGUUAAAAAACAGGUGUCUCUUAUAAUCCUCUGACUGGAUCAGUUUGCUAGGCUGGCAAAGCCUCGUUAUUAUAGUUUUUAUUUAUUUAUCUGUGCCCCACAUAGGUCAGACACUGCCAGGAGCUGUUGGUGAGCGGGAUUAAUGUGAGAGAAGAUGGUCGCUCUCCUUGGUGGAGGUUUCUGUGAAAAGAAUCCAUCUAAGAUCUCACACCACAAAGACAGAGCUAAAUAAAACUGUUCGGGAUACGAAUCACAGGGGAGAACAGCCAAAAGAAGGAUAGUAAAUGAAUAGUUCUGCCAAGUCACCUCUCUGUCAUUCUUCAAAGGCCAACUUAAAGCCAGUGCUGCCACAAACGCCAUCCAGGACUAAGGGGCGUGAGUGAUGGCCCUUCUCUGGUCCCUGGCACAGUAACAGAUUCAUCCGCUGGUGCUUCUUAAGGCUGCUGGUCCCUAAGCUUCUGGAAGGCAGAUGUUCUGUCUUCUCAGGCCUGGAAGGCAAGCUGGGGUCCUGCCGCACGCUUCAUCCCUCUCACCCUGAUUUUUUCUUCUUCGUCCUCACUGGUACUGUCUUCCCUCCGGCCCCAGAUUUUUCAGGAGUCUGCCACCUCACCGUCCUACCUCCGUGCCCUACACUUUCCAGUCCAACCCACGGUGAUUCUUUGCCGGCUAGAAUUUGGUCCCGUGAGUUCCUUUUCGACGCUGCCCCUCAGGAUGAAACCCAGCCCUUCAUCAUGGAAGGCCCGGUGCACUCUUCCUUUCCGGAACCCUUCUCCAACCUCCCCCUCCGUAUUAGCUUCCAACCAAGACCUGCUCUUCUCUCAAACCACAUAAUGAGCUUAGUGCCUGGAAUCUUCCCCUCAUUCUUUUUCUGCCUGGUAGCCAGCCUGUCACCUAAAGCCCAUUUCUCAAGCUUUCCGUGUUGCUGAUAGGCACAGUGUCCUUCAACUCAUUGAACAUGCCUGCUGUUGGCAUUGAAUUCAGCGAGAGCCCAUGGGGAGCAGGAGUCUGAGGGAUUCGUUUUUUAUGUUUCCAGUGUCCAGCACAGUGCUUGGCACAGAGAAGGUCCAAUGUAUGUUAGCCAAAUAGAGUUUUUUUUUCAAUCAACAAGUAUUUAUUAAGCUUCUGUUAUGGGCUCAGUGGGUGCCAGGCUCUGUGAUACGUAAGUGGGAAGAGGAACACCUUGCACAGUCGAAAUCCUGAGCAACUAACCCUUAAAGGUAGAGGAAGGAAGAAAGAGAGCCCACUUUUGCUGCAGUGUGAGACCACGAGGCAAGGCUAUCUGCACUGUCAGCCCCCGUACCUAAGGUGCUCAUGAGAGACUUCAGUGCUGGACACACACACCCACAGGACCCACUCACACUUUCCCUCUUGAUUGCCCACCUUCCAGAGAGGAGCACAGAUAGCUGGAGAAGAGGCUCCAGGACCUUUAGGCCAGAUGUGAAGGGAGAAGCAUGGAAAGCCCCAAAUGAGUAAAUGUAUAUACUGAUCUGCCCUCUUUAUUGGCUUGGCUCAGGAUGCCCCUGGGUCCGGGAGAGAGAGCUGAUAGCUGUGUGUUGCCGCCACGUGUAGCCUUGACAUCGUUGGCCGUGAUCCUCUGGGAACCAGCGGCUGGUCGCCACUGCGGGGGGCUGCCCGUCGUCCCCUCCCCUCAUUCCUCUCCCGGCUGGUUGGCAGAGAGAGCCUGAGAGAGCAGCACAGCUUCCUGAGCCUUCUGUGAAGUCUGUGAUUGCCUUGCCAAGUCAAGGGAGGAAUCUGAGCCUGCACUUGGGUCAGCCCUUUUCAGCUUUCUCCUCCUGAUCCCGUGUUCUGUUCUGUCUCCACUUAUCUGAGCCGCUGAUCUCCUUGGAGCUCUUAUUUUACUCCCAGCAUGUUGCCCUGGGGGCCUAAACUGGAGAGAACACCUGAGUGUGCCACAGGACUAGAAAAACAACUCAAAGCCAUGUCUUAGGGGCCGGAUGACGGCCUCACCAUUUCUCUUCACACUGGACAACUCAGUGCUCCUUACUUAAAGAGGAGGCUCUUAGCAGAUUGUGUUAAGGGUUAUGAACAGUCUGGUAAGUGGGAAAUGGACCAAGAGGGAAAAGUCAGGUAUUUUCAGAUACAAGCAGACAUCCCUAGACCUUCCACACAAGCCCAAAUGUCUCAUUUUCUUAUUCUUGUCUGCCAUUAACAUACAGCUGGGAUGUGGGGCAUUGGAGAUAUGGGAAAAGUUUCAACUUCCUGAACCCAAGCAGACCCCAGCAAAGGUUCCCCAAACUGUCACCUGCCAGGUUUUCCUGGCUACCUGUGAGGGGGGGCGCUCUUUUCCAGACCCACACUGCAGCUGCCGGGCUAGCCCUCCCGGCCUCCAUCUCAGCUCUGCUGCAGGGGACCCGUCUCCACACUGCUUAGAGUGUCUAGGCCUUUCUGUCCCUGCCGGCAGCCCGAGGUUUCCCUGGCCUCAGAUCGGCUCCAGGAGGGGUGGUGUGCAGGUCAGGAGCUGUUACAGCCACACUGGGGAGCAGCAAGGGCAUCGGCCGGCGUGUUCCCAGUGCAAGCACACAUUUAUGGAACUGCUGAGGUGGGGGUGGGCACUAAUGGUGCACCCUCGGGAACAUUCUGCGCAUCCGCCUCGUAACGUCUAGGACAGAGUGGUGCUUUCUGGUUUCCUCCCACCGCUGCUGUCCUUGCUCAACCUCUCCACUGCCGAGGCUGUUGAUUUAGAGGCCAUUUCUCUCCUGUCCACUUCCCUUUCCUUUCCUUCCAGCCUCAGGAGACCCAGGAGUAGGCUUAUGGUUCAGGGCACACGGGAGCCCGGGGCUUAGCGCUGCUGAGACCCGGGGUUCCUGAUGACUAAUAUGCCAUAGUCUCAUCUUGGGUCCCAUUUGGUUCUGUGAGGAAUCACAGUCCUUGUUCUCUCAACCUGCUUAGGAACAUACUUUUGAACCUCCACAACUGUAUUAGGGCCAUCAGUCUUUGUUUUCACUUGCAGUUGCUUCCAAAGUGACCUACCCGGGAGCGCAUUUCAGGAUGCUUUUCUUUUCUUUUCUUUUCUUUUCUUUUCUUUUCUUUUCUUUUCUUUUCUUUUUUAAUUUUUUAAAAUGUUUACUUAUUGAGAGCGAGCAAGCAAAAGAGAGAGAGGGUGAGAAACAGAGUGCAAGCAGGGGAGGGGCAGAGAGAGAGGGAGGGAGACACAGAAUCCGAAGCAGGCUCCAGGCUCUGAGCUGUCAGCACAGAGCCAGACGCAGGGCUCGAACCCACGAACUGUGAGAUCAUGACCUGAACCAAAGUCGGACGCUUAACCAACUGAGCCACCCAGGCGUCCCUUAGGACACUUUUCUUAAUGAGUUGUUGAAAUAUAAACAAGAGUAGAAUAGCAAGUUCCCAUGCAAUUGUGUGGGAGGGACACCCCCCCCCCUCCCCCAGCCGCUACCACCAUGAGAAGUUACCACAUUUUCCAAACCCUAAGUGGUGAUGUGUGAUCUGGUAAAGGACUCCUCACUGUUUUUUAUUUACGUUGCAAGCCUUACCAAAGGGUAUGCUGUUAUAUUUUAAUAAAUCACUUUUAUUGAAAAUAAAAUCCUGUGAGAUCCGAGCUGUUGAAGAAGAGCCUCACCUCCAACCAGUCUUCCAGAGUGGCAAAGGUGAUGCCCCGUGACCUAGAUACCUCCCCGCGGUGGGUCUUUUCUGAACUUGUUCCAUUUUGACGACCCCUGGCUGGGACCGAGAAGGAUUACUGAGUAUGUUUGUCUUUCUUCUGGAUAGAAGUUGCAAGGACACUUAAGCCUGAAUGCUUCAGGGCAGAAUCUGAUCAGAGCUGAGAUCAGGAAGAAAUUUUCCCCCUGGGGGAUCAGAUUGCACAAUGGCCCGGCCAGGUGUGCUACCUCUGUUAAACAAACAUGCACGAGCACAUGUCACCUCGCUGGCCAUCUUUGGGGCAGGCUGUUGGACCUCAUGGGCCAGGAGUCUGACUCCUUUGGCAGGUCCUGCGCUCGACGAUGGAAGGCGACUGCCCCAUGUAUUCCUGCACUUGACUUUCCUCCAGCUUCCUGUACUGAACUCAGGGCCGUGUCUUCAGACCCUCAGAACUCUCCGCAGCUUUGCGGGAGAUUUCACGUGGGGGUCUAAGUAUAUACACAGCCAUGCACACAUGCAACACAUCUUUGAGGAGUUUUCUGUAAACUCGCUGCGCCUCUCCUGGGCAUUACUGUAGUUCCUACACCGCAUCAAACCCAUAUGCAUUCCCAGAACAUCAAAAUACUGUUCACAACCAAUAGUAGAAUUCUUUACCCUAAGGCCCACGGUUGACGAUCUCAGACCUGCAUUGUGGGCGGCUUCGAAGUCCGAUCCAAAAGUCCGAUCAUGGACCUUUUCUUUUCUUUUCCUUUCUCUUCUUUUUAAGGCCCUGUCUGUGCUGCCUCUUGCGCGGUGAGAUAAUUACCAGCGAUUCCCAGGCUCUUCUUCCUCUGCGUCUCUAUCUCCUGUGGCGCACGACUUCCUUGUCUCUCUAUUAUUAGCCUACUUAGCUUUACCAUUCACUUCCCCACCUCUCCCUGGUUCCCCCCUCAUCUUCCUCCAGUCUUUGUUUUCCCUUCACCUCUGUAAAGUCAUUUUGGGGAGCCCUCUCCUUGUUCUGUUCAGAUGGAAAGCUGCUUUUUCUUUAUCCCAGUACAAUUAAGUAGUUUCUCCUUCAUCUCAUCAUGCAUUCUUUCAUAUUCCCCAAAUAGAAAGCAGUGCCCUCCCAUGCAUCAUGUCUGGCUGGCGAACCUUUAAAACAGGAGGUGCCCAGGUGACCCCCGCCUCCCCCACAGGUGUGCUGUAUUCCCAGGACUGCGGGCUCCGAUGCCCUUCCGGCCAGCUCCCUCACCUGCGACACCAUUGUGUGCUCUCCUUUCUGCUUUUUGAUGAUUCUGCCCCAAUCACGUUCCUUUCCCAAAUUACUGUUUUAGUACUUAAUGGUUCACCUUGGUUUGCUCAUUUUGUAGUUUAUUGUUUCCCUUUUCCCUCUAAGUUUUUCUGUUUCUUUGGGGAACACUGAUAUUCCUGUUAAUUAGAGAUUAUACCAGUUUUCAUUACCUAAAUUUGCUAAAUGGACAUAAUGGUGAGUAUUUGGCACUUACGUGAAGCAUGCCCUUUGGAAAUAGGGGAAGACAAGUAGAAUUAAGGGCAGCUCUUGGUAUAACAGUAAUUCCAGAUUUAUGGAAAGAAGUAGUUUGUGAGAUUCUUACACAGUAAAAGCUUGAAAGUAACUCUCUUCUUUGUAAUUUAUGCAGCUCUCAGUUUGGGUAAGAAACCCAGUUUAAAUGUAAAAGUUUUUCAAAUAGAGGACUGAGAAAUUGUCAUUAUUGCUUUAAUUUUAACAACUAAUAAUUAAUUCCUGUCGGUUAAGAGUUUUAACGUUUAUGAUACAUUACGGUCUUAGCCAAUUGGGAAUUACAAUUUUUGGUUUUAUAGCAGAGUUUAUAAUGUGGGCUGUGAUGUAUUUAAGUAGCAAAAGUGCAUUUCUUUAAAUAGGCUUUCCUAUUCAGACUUUUACUGAGGUAGCCAUAUCCUCUGACGCUUUAUCACUACCCAUUUGUAAGAUUUUUUGCUCUAAGGGUAGUUUCAUCCUGUUUGCGACAUACCCUGCUCUGGGAAUAGAUAGAAGAAGUUGAGGGAAUUUUGUUUGAGUCAUACUCCCAUCAAAGAGCAACAUCAUUUUAGGAAUGAAAGCAGAGAAGUUCUCACUCUUCUAAAAAUAAUGGGGAGAAGAUUUAGGGAGGUAGCUUAUGGGAUCAGUUUUAAGACCAGGCCAGGCAUACAAGCGAAUUCCCUCUUUGUAAAUGAGAAGUAGCCUCUAAUAGCUUUCAUAUGGUUAGGUGAGCAGGUGACAUUUUAUUCCAUGCAAGGCACGACGCUUCCAUAAGUACUGCACUUCGAAACUUGCCCUGUGGAGUUUGUAAAAUGUUCUUUUCAGGGCGCUGGCUCCGUUGGUAGAGCACGUGACCCUUGAUCUCGUGGUCGUCAGUUCAAGCCCCAUGUUGGGCGUAGAGAUUACUUAAAAAUAAAAUCUUAAAAAAAAAAACCCUCAAAAUGUUCCUUUCAGGAUUUUAAUCAUGUAUAUAUAAUAAAACAAAGAGCACCUUGCAUCUUAUUAAAAUCAUGUGUGCUUUUUGGAGAGGUGAGGGAGCAGGGAUUGUGGAUUUUUCUUGCUUUUCCUUAUCUGCCUUGCUUCUAAGAAGUGAUGGGAAUAACCCAAACUGUAAAUGUCGUUGAGGAUGUCUGCUUCCCAGGACAGGAACCACCCCCACCCCUACCCCAACUUGUAUCUCAGUUGGUCCUGAAAAGGAGGAGUGGAGAAAGCUGUUGAUUUUUUUUUUUUGGGGGGGGGGGAACUCAGUUUUAGCCUUCACAGCAGGUCCAAAACCAUGAGGACUUACUAGCUUAGACCUGGGAGCCAGCGGGGUUUAGCGGUGGGGGUAGAAAAUGGAGAUUCUGGCUCAAGGCACUGCUAUUAUAGUCUGAGAGUUGUUUAACAGGGCUCUAGUUGGAAGCCUCGUUUCUCUCUUUUCGUUAAACGUCGGUAUGCCGUGCAGUGCUUGGGACAAGCCACGUCGUGAUGUCUAUCCGGUCAGUUCUGAUGGCCGAGCACGUGUAAUUCAGACGGUAGUCGUGAGGAUAACUGAAUGUAGACAUUUGGAGCUUCAGUUUUUAGAAAUUUAGGCUCCAGCUAGAACCCCGGUCUCCUGACUCCCAGCCAGCUUACUGAUUUUUAAUUCAAUCGUUGGUUUUACUUCAGGCUUUAUGUUCAAAAUGACAGAUUCAAGUCACAUCACUCUAAUUAGUGGGAAGUUUGUUUGUUUGUUUUAAUCAACCAGGUGGACCAAGUGAACGGAUCUACUUCUCAUUUGGGUGUUUUUUGGUCGUGUAAGCAAAACCACAAACUCAGAAGCUCUUACAUGCUUCACGUUUGUUUUUUGGGUCUUGUUUUUUGUUUUUGUUUUUCUGUUUCUGAAUUCAGAGUGAAUUGAGGAUGGUGAAGUAGGAAAUAGAACAUAAUACAGCAUCCACUCCUCUGUCUUGCCACCUGCACUCCCAUCGGGUGUCGUAGGGCUCAUUUUAAGGUGAGAGUUCCAUGCCGCCUCCUUGACCACCCUGUUUCCUUCUGCCAAAAAAAUAUGAUCGCAAGGUUUUAAUUUCACAGUGCACUUUAACUAUAGAAAGGAACCAACUCCCACCCCAAACCGAAUUGCCUUCGAGAUCCUAUUAAACAGCGAAUGCCCUGAACACCAGUAUAUGAAAAUGCUUUUCUCGGAUGAGCUCAAAGCAUUUCAUCCUCCAAAUAAAAUCUAUCUGCUCGCACUUAGAUUGUUCAAAGGCAGAUGGUAGGCAAUUGAAACGGAGAGGCAAGCUGGCAAAAGAAAAAAUAAAACCACAAAUAUCUGAACAUGAAGGUGAUCUACGCUCUUGCCAAACCCCCUCCUAACUUCGUUAACACAGCAGUGUAGCAAUUAAGUAACAUGGGAACUCAGACUCAUAUGGCUAAUACAAUUGUCCUCCGUUAAUGGGGUGAAACAAAGCUUGCAUAUAAUAUACAGCUCGCCAAAAUGCAGAGCUAAAGGAGAGUUUAAGAGGGAAUCAGCGGUGGAGCCCAUCAACCAUGCUACCCAUACCAGACGAGCACCCGAUUGGAAUCUCGCUGACCCUUACCACAUAUUAACAGUGGGGUCACUGAGAUGAAAUGUUGGCUGUCACAGAGUCGCCACGUCUUAGGAACAGGGGCCGCUCAACGAUACUGAGCUUCAGAGAGGCAGUAAAAUGCCCUCGAGGUGAGGGGAAGGAAGGGGGUGAACAGAAUGGCUCAGAACACCGGGAGAAUCCACAGUAGCUGCUUUGUGGGAAACCCUGAAUGAGCCAGGAGCAAACAUUAUUAUUGCCGUCAUACUGCUGUGGGACGGCCGUGUGAUGAGACAGCCCUCUCGGUUCCCUUAGUCUUAUAACCGACCAGAGGACUUUGCAGCCACCAAAACCUGGCACUUGUCACUAACCUUGAACUUGAACACUCCGUGACAGAAGGGGAAGGGCGUGUGUGUCUCAGCUGCCGGAGCCGGGUGUCUGUGUGGCUGCUGUCUCGUAGCCGGCCAUUUGUGGCUGUGCCGGGGCCAGGCUGUAGUGUCCCAGGGUGCGUGAGUGACAGGGUGCCGGUCCCCACUGCGGAGGGGGCAGCCUUCCGAAGCAGGUGGGGCUGGUGUGUGCGAGGGGGUGUGCUGGGCAGGAUGUGAGAGGAGUUUACUCUGCUGAGCGGCAGUCUGGGGAUGCGUGUGAGGAAGGCGACCGAGAUGGCUCCCGACAGCGGGCUGGGUGUGGGAGACGAGGCUCCGACUGCCACCAGAAAAAGGCAGGAGGGAUGCUUGGUAUCGAAAGGAAACCACUGCGUGCAAAGUCAACCUUUUGCUGCCUGAGUAAUGAAGGGGAGACUUGGGCGAGUUAGCCCUCCGUGUGAAAAGGCAAUAAAAUCAGGUCUUGAACUUUGUAGUCAUACAAAGUUCAAGUAACGAGGUGUCUGAGGGGCCGUGAUUGAGAGGAAAAUUAUGGCGUGUGAAUGAGUGAAUGCGUUGCCUCGCAAAUCAGUGUUUCUCCUCCCAGGCCCUCCACGUGGUUGUCCCAGAUACACGGGUUUAUCUCUUACAUAAGAGAGCUUGUUGCAUUUUAUUGCUGUAUCCCGUUUUCCACUGUUGUCUUGCCUCAUGGUCCUGUGUCUGAUCCUGGCCAGAUGUCACCAGCGACUAGUGUUAGAAUGGUUUUUUCUUUCCCUUCCUGGUCAGACCAUGGCCCGCGGUUUCUCCCUUGGGAUUUGGUAGUGAUUCUCGACUGUUGUGAGUACAAUGCAGCAUAAAAAGCUCCGUGGUGGAGGGGCCAUAUAAUGGAAUUUGGUGGAAGCCAGUGUUGUUUUUAUUCUUCUGCCGAUGCCGAUCUAUCCCAGGGAAUGUGUCUUUACUCACAAAGAAUGGCCUCUGUACCACCUUGCUCUAAAAUGUACAAGGUCACGGUAAUGCGCAUCUGACAGGUUUGUCGGCUUUGACCUUGGGGACCGGCAGACCACCCCCGAAAGUACAACGUGUGGGAUCAGCAAACAAGAGCAUGCGCUCACACGGCCGGAGCAUUAGCGUCCUUCCUUUUCCGCCUUGAGUUUGAACUUGUUGGUUCCAUAGGCCCCGGGACUUCGCUAUAUGAAAUGCCAGAGGGUGCUCAAAGGCGAAUGUGGAGGAAGAGGGAAAGCAGGAUUCUGGGCCAGAGAGCAGAUGGCCAGCUGGUGACCUCGGGAGGGAAGCUGAGGCUUUUAGAGUAAAAAAACUAGUAAUUUUUUUUUUUUAAGAGGGAUUUUUGUUAAGUAGUACCAUAGCUCCAAGUUGGAGAAUUCCAAAAGCAGUCAUUGAUGCCUGCCCUCGAGGGUUUACAAUCCAAAGAGGAGACAGCGUUUUUAGUUUAACGCGACGAAGGUAUGCAGAAGUCAGCCAGAGAAAAUGGAAACACCCUUGGUCCGCCACCUUCUGUGGCCCUGUGCGCUGUGGCUCUGGGCCUAGGGGAUUUUUUAGAUUUGUUUUUGAUGCUUUUCCCCCACGAUGACCUGGUUGUGCAACCCUACAUUUGGAAGCCAGCUGCUUCCUGCUGCUCUUUUCCAGGAGAGUGUGAAUAUCCAUCUCCCGGAGUGAUGAUGGAGACGAGGGUGGGGGCGGGGAGGGAGACUGCUCAUCCUCCUCUCACUCUCCCUCAUCCCAUGUCCCGCAUUCAGCUGGGAACCGGGCAGAUGCUCAGGAGGCCUGUGGCUGUGUCCCUGCCUCGCUCUGAGUGGUGGUGGGGAGCCUGGUGGUAAUCUGAGGAGGGACAGCCCUCCUAAUGCAGGAGGGAAGCUGCAGCUCUUGUUGAAGGCAUCGGAUAUGUCACGGGCUGUGCCGGUACAGCUAGGCCCCCUUCGGCUCCCGGGGCAGGCCUUGCCUCUUGGCAUACACACAUUUAUUUAUAGUCACAGACCUAGCAGCAGCCGCAGGGGUGAGCCUCGUUCUCCAACCUGCCAAAGUUGAUCACCACGGGAAGCAAGAACCCCGGGAUCUUUGUUGCCCCAAACUACCUGCAGUGCCCAGGUGGUUUUACAUCCAUCUCCGAACUACCCAGAAACCAUUCAGAGAGGACCUCGUAGAGAUCGCCAUUUGUUUUUGUGCUACAGAGGGCAAAAAUAAAGGAGGCAAGCAAACAAACCAAAAAAAAAAGCGCUCGGAAGUGCUUUAAUGGUAGUGGUGUAUAUCUGAAAAGUAGUAUACAUCCCUGGGCGGGGACCUCUACGCGUUUCAGUCACUUGGAAAGAACACACUUUUCCAGACAUCAUGGUACAGCCCUCUAAAGUUAGUUAGCACCUACUGUACCUUCACAGGAAAUGCCAGUUUGAAGAUGAGACGUGUGAGACGUGGAGCUUUUUUCUUUUCCUCCCCCUAGCAAAUAGGGGGAGUUGAGGAGCUCUGUGUACCUAGAAAUGGUUAAAUGAGACGCUGCUGCAAAGAAAAAGUCGCCAAAGGCAAAUUGAAGGCUCCUAUCUCGCUCCCUGCCCUGUGUUUCUUGCCACAGUCUGGGGCCACUCUGGCUGCUUGUUCGCGUCCCCUUCCUUAUUAGUGUGCAGUGGGCCCAGGCUGGGUGAUGGCUUGGAGAUGACUGUGGACAGUCAUUGGUGGAGACAUUGUGAGCAGCAUCCAGCAUUGUCCCCUCUCCUCGGUUAUUCUCAGUGUGGAAUGCAGGAGCUGUUAGAGGCACUGCUCGGUCAGCCUGUCCCUCCCCACAACCCCCCGUCAUUGUGCUUUCCUAGAAGACUCCAGAAACUCCCUGUUGCCCUCAGGUGAAAGCCCAGCUAACCCCAACGAGGCCAUGACACCCUGUGUGAUCCGGCCCUGCUUACCUCUCUGUUCUUGUCCCUCGUCUCUUGCCCUCGGAUUCCCUUUACCCACACCAACUCUACAGGAUCCCAGGAAGGUCCUCUCCCCUCCUGGUCUUUGCCCUUGCCAUUUCUUCUUUCUGAAAUAUUCCUCUAUCUUCUCCCAACUGACUACUCAUCCUCAGAUCUCUCUCCCAGGAGCCUUUUCCUGGACUCCCUGGGUCUGGAUGAGACGUCCUUCUCCUGUGUCUUCCGAACACUCAUUUUGAAACUGCUUUCCCAUGAUUUUGUGACUAUCUCUUCAUGUCUAUCACUUGGUAAGGAGCCCAUUACAUCAGGGCUCCAUCUUGGUUUUCGUGCCUGUGACCACGGGGUGGGCAUAGCGUUGGUGUUCCAUGAUAAAUAUUCGUGGAAUGAAGGAACAUUAGAAAAUGUAGAAAAUGGAAUCUGGUCUUUGAUUAAUUCUGUGUUUGGCUCAGUGUCUGAUACCGUACAGAUCCUUCUUAUCAGUUCAUAAGACCCCGCAGAACUCUGAGGGUGAUGCGUAUCCACAGUAUUGUCUGAUGCAGUCAGGUCGUUAGAAGUGUGCUUAUGCAGGAACAACAUGGAGUUUUUUAUUUUUAGUUGUGACUUCAGAAUCUUAAGUUAUACAUGAGCUGCAGUGGUUUGGUUUUUAAAUUGAGUUUUUGCUUAAACUUCAAUUCAAAACAAAUGAACUGAAAAAAGGAGGUCUUCCUUAUCAUUUGCUCCUCCGUACAAAGGCUCUGUGGCUCUCUGGGUGUUUCCGUAGGACAGGAGAAGCUAUCACAGAUCAAUUCUAGUUGCUGCCUUUGAGAAAAGAGAGGAAGAUAGAUGGGUCUGGGUUUGUGAGGAACCUUCCUUCUCUCCCCCCCUCCCUCCUCUCUCCCUCCGUCCCUCUCUCUCUCUCUCGCUCUCUGUGCCAGUAAUUGCAAAGCUGAACUGAACUGCUUGUUGAAAAUCCACGUUCUUUCUUGGCUCUGAGUAAGAGAGCAUAGGUAGCACGCACAUCUAUGCUCUUUGGAAACAGACAUACGUACAUAAAUACGUGCACACGCGUAUACUCUGCUUUUGGCCUGAAAUGAUGGCCCUACAUGAAGACCUGUUUUCUUGUUUCUUAAGCAAAUGGAUAGUUACAUUAUGUUUAUCUGAAUAUUUCUUGGUUAAUUUACUAGGAUGUAGCCAAAAUCACAUAGGACUUGGAGUCAGGUGAUUUGGAUUAAUUGAACUAAUACUUACUGAACACCUGUGAUAUUCUAGCCAUAUCGCAAUUACCAUGGUGAAGAAAGAUAAGGCCUCCGAUUCGAGAGGCAUGCUGUAUAAUGGGGUCAAGCUCAUGCCAUUUCCUUUGUAACUUUGGAGGCAAGUAAUUUAACUUCCUUCAACGUCCCGUUUCUUCACUCUAAAAUGAGGGGAGGAACACCUACUUUGUGGGGCUGCUAAGAGCAUCUACAUGUUCACAUUGUCAGAUUCCGCCUGAUAGACACCUGUUCCUCCUUGAUGUUUCUCAGUGAGGUCGCCUCAGCCCUUUCUGACCUCCACUGCUAGAGAUUUCAUGCCUCAGCACCCCACAGUCCCUCCUGCAGUCUGCUGUGACACUUCACUCCUCACCGUACGCAUCCUGUGCUUUGGGGCCUGCCCUUGUACCAGACUCUUCUGGAGGCAGAACUGGUAUCCGCCCAUCUCUGUAAUCCCAGUCCCCAGCACAGAGUCUAGCACGCAGCUCUUGGUCCAUGCUUGCUACUAAAUAAACUAAAGGGCACGGUUUAUGAAUGAUCAGGUACCACACAUUCUGUCUUACUGUUGUAAGAACUUUGGGCAAGAAAACAGAACAAAAAGACAAGAGUGUCUUGAGGCUCUGGAGAUCGAGGGAAGACCUGGUGUAUUCAACUCUUACUUAAAAAAAUUUUUUUUUCUUUUAGUGUUUCUUUUUGAGAAAGAGAGAGGAGAGCGAGCGCGGGGGAGGGGCAGAGAGAGAGGGAGAGAGAGAAUCUGAGCCGUCAGCGCGGAGCCUGAUGCGGGGCUUGAUCUCACGAACCGUGAGAUUAGGACCUGAGCCAAAGCUGGACGCUGAACCGACUGAGCUACCCAGGCACCCCCCAGCGCUUCUUUUAAGAUUAUAAUUGUGUGCCACUUUUUCCACGGCUGCUGAUAAACAGAGUCAAGUCUGUUGGAUCAGACAUCAAGGUCAAGAAACCUCUUCAGGUCAGGGAGGAAGUCUAGCAUAUGUUUAACCUAAAGGUUAGUGCAGGGUUUCACUGGCUAACAAAACUAGCAGAGGCGGGUGGUUGACAACGAGAGGCUCAUUUUGGUUAUUUUAUACUAUGUUCACCACAAGUAACGUGGCGGCACCUUCCCACUGGCUUCAUCUCCUCUUGCAGAAAGAAGGGUGUUUCUCCUCUUCUUGGAACAGCUCUUUUUUCUACUCUGGCUCUACCGUUUUUUGUGGUUGUUGUCCAUGUAGACAAGAGAAUGGAUACGAGUUAUCAGUAACAUUUGAGUUGAAAAGAGAAUGUUCUCCACUGUGGGGUGUGUGUGUGUGUGUGUGUGUGUGUGUGUGUGUGUAUAAAAUCUUCACAUUCUCGGGGCGCCUGGGUGGCUCGGUCGGUUAAGCGUCCGACUUCAGCUCAGGUCACGAUCUCGCGGUCCGUGAGUUUGAGCCCCGCGUCGGGCUCUGGGCUGAUGGCUCAGAGCCUGGAGCCUGCUUCCGGUUCUGUGUCUCCCUCUCUCUCUGCCCCUCCCCCGUUCAUGCUCUGUCUCUCUCUGUCUCAAAAAUAAAAUUAAAAAAAAAAACAUAAAAAAAUUAAAAAAAAUAAAACCUUCACAUUCUCAAUGUGUGGGAAGCAAGGGUAAGUAUUUUGGAAAAGAUCAUGCCUUGAAGGAUUAUUUUUUCCCUUUACUCACCUCUUUGGCUAUCAGCCUUGAAAUCACAGGUCAGAAGGUUGUUGGAGAAGAAACAGCCACUCUCAGCCGUUGCGUAUGGUGUUCUAAGUAGGGUAACUUCUUAGCACUGGGUAGGUAGAUGGGUGGGUGAAUGGAUGCGUGUAUUUUUGAGGGAAAAAAAAUUCCUUCCUGAGUAAAGCUUAGUAAUUCUUCCCACUGCUUCUCCUUUCAUCCCUUCCCUGGUUUCCGUGACUGGGACCUCCUCUGUCCUUGUGGGGCUACCAUAGAGUUUACUUAGGGCAUGUUAAAUUGUCUUGAUGUUUCCCUAGUCUAUAAAUAAGGGUGUUUUAAAAUGGGGCCAUCAUGGGAUUUGGCCGUAUUUACUUUUGUCACUCUCUCCUCCUCUUCCCAGAGAAAUGGCGUAUUUAGGAAGAAUUCCCCUCAUUGGUAAUACGCGUUGACUUGUGUCUUUCAUAGACCACGUCUCCAUCCUGGUGUCAGAGUUAGGGAAAUGGACCGUUCCUUCCUUUCAAACAUGCUUGUUCUAGGUCUGUGAAUGGUCUGGGACAGUGGCCACGCUCCCUUUGUCAUAUCCAUCAUCUUGACAUCCUUUGGUUCCACACAUCUUCCCUGCCUAUUACACUUCUCAAGUUUACAAAUCUCUUUUCACUGAUUUCAUUUUAGUUUGGCAUCAUGAUGUAGUGGGACUAGCACUUGGCUGGGAAUUAGGACUAGCUGCGCCCUUGGAUAAGACACUCAGCAUUCCUGGUUUGUAGUUUUGGCCUCUGUAAAAGUCGAGACAUCCAAUUUGAUAGCUCUCUGGCUCUAAGGGCAUUUUGACCUCUGAUUGUUGAAAGGAUGCAGGUGGGAUUUUAAUCUUUCAUAGCUUACGCUUUCUGAGAGCAUUUUGGUCAGCCAGCAGAGUGAUGAUUCAAAAAAUCCUGUGUUCCCAUGAGAAACAAAGGGAAACAGGCUGGUCCCUCCGAUGGGAGCUGCUAGAAAUAAAAACCCUACUGUUGUUUGAUUGCAGGUCUCACGAUAAGCUAGAAACCAACUUGCAGAGUUGACCUGUGUAUAUUAUUUAAUAUCAUCAAGGUAUACAUUUUUCUUAUUUCAAAACUACUUUUGAUGGCAGAGUAUUUAUUUCCUUUCUUAUUUUUGGUUGUGAACCCCUUUUGCCCUUUAGUGAUGGUGUUCUAGCUGACCUCAUGCAAAAAGAUCCUUAUUAUGUGUCCACCUAGGACAGGUACUGUGUCAGGGGGAGCAUCUCUCAUAUAAUUUGACUCAGCCUGAACACAUUGAUUUUCUUGCAACCCGGGGAUUAGACUCCCUCCAUUGAAGCCUCAUAUGAGGGGAAGAACAGAUAGCAAAGUGUGUGUUAAGAUGAUGGACUGUCGUUAUUUUGCCUCCGGGCAGCAAAGUGAUCUGCCUGGAAACUGAUUUCCCCUAUGGUGUUGAUGAUCUGCUUCUCCUCCUGGCUAGAAUUAGAACACUCCUGCGGUCUCUUCGUUGGCCGUGCUACCUGUCAGGACCUGGCCGUAAAGCAACUGCCCAUCUUUUCUAGCCUGGCUCCCUCGCCUGGAAGGAUGUGGAGAGUGGCUCGUUCCUUCUAGUGAAUUCAGACCUUUCAUUUCGGGACUGUUAUUUGAGAAGGUGAUGCUCUUCCAUGAUGAUCCUUGCCUUCUGCUUUUCCAAGUCUUGAAUACCAUACAUAGGUAGUUAGGAGACCCGAGGGUCCUCUGGGUCUGGUCCACGCUUCGUGGCGGCACGGGGGUGAAGCUGAGCUCUUCUCUGGAAGCCUGCUAGGCCAGCCCCUCUUGUCCACAUCCCACUAAGUCUGGACUUAAUUUCUUUCUAAUGUGGCAGCAUCCUUGCCCACAUGGGGAGAGGAUAAGGACGAUCUUUGUCAUGCUGUAGCAGCUGUAAGCCACGUGUAUCUGUGUUCCGUAGCGGCGGGAGCACGUCAAGUCCAUUGGGUUUCUUCGUCUUUCAGGAGACGUUUUGUUUGGCUCGUAUAUUGAGUAGCCACAUAUCCCACCUCUUCUCUUUUGCUAUCAUGUGCUAAAACUUUGGGUCCUGUGGCCUUAGACAGUCAUUUAUAUAGCUCAAGUUGUCUUUUUCGCAGGUUUAAUGCCCCUUUCUGGUGGGCUUUGGGUAUUUUUUGUUUUCACAUAUCCUAAACCACAAUGUCCUGUGAUAUAGAAAAUCACGUGGUAAGACUGGUUAGGAAUGGAAGAUGCUGUCAAUGAUAUGAUGCUCAUUUUCACCACUGGCUAAAGGCUUCAGACUGUCGUUCCGGUAUAUUUUGUUUACAUUUUGAUUGUCGAGGCUAAUUGUUUUAAUUUUAAAAUUGUGCCUUGAUUAGAUUCAGCAAACCCUUGAAGAACAAAAACUCAUGAAAUUUGUGGGAAUUUCUACAAGACUAUUUUAAUUUCACGUUUCACAGGUAACACCAAGGUUUGGCUACACUUUUUAUACUGAUGCCUCUAUUAUAGAGAAGAUAUUUAAAUUAUAGGGCAGCUAAGGUAAAAUAAAAAUGUAAAAAGAACUCAAAUAAAUGAAUCUACUCAUUCCUUCCCGAGAAAUUUCCUUAUUCCUGUAUUGCUGCAUUUUUAGCCAUAAUGGGCACUAGUCUACCACUAGACUGUAUUACUUUCUAAUUUAUCUGUAGGUUCGGGAAAGUAGGACUGGAAAGAGGAAAGGGGGCAUCAGCUUUAAGACUACUUUUUCUUUAAAAUUUUUUUUAAUGUUUAUUUAUUUUUGAGAGAGAGAGAGAAUGAACAGGGGAGGGGCAGAGAGAGAGAGAGAGAGAGUGAGGGAGACAGAAUCCAAAGCAAGCUCCAGGCUCUGAGCUGUCAGCACAGAGCCCGACACGGGGCUCGAACUCAUGAGCCAUGAGACCAUGACCUGAGCUGGAGUCAGACGCUUAACCGACUGAGCCACCCAGGCACCACUAAGACUGCUUUUUAAGUCUUAAUGUCUGUAACUCCCAUGUCUGAAGGAACUGAAGACAAACCGUGAGCCUGAGUUUAACAUUGGUUUUCCUGGAAAUGUCAUCAGGAUGUAGGCUCAGAAGCAGACUGCCCAAAGAAAAAUUCCCUAAACAAUUGCCUUUUUUUAUUACGUUACCAAAUUUCUUGUAGGAUUCCAUGCAAUAGUAUGUAGUUUGUAGAGUUGCCUCCCAAACUUCCUUGCUGAGCUCUUCUUAUGAAAGAGGCUUUUCUUUAAUUACUGUGUGGACACGUGUAUACAGAUGAAAGCCUGACCUUCCUAAACGCUGUGUUGUAAAAUUAAUUGCUAGUUAAUUCCACAGAUGCGUACUGACACAUGGAUAGAAGAUAAAGAUGGUCCUUUGGCACAGAUAUUGUCAAAGUGACUCAAGGGAAUUGGGCCUGCAGGUACAAGGUUCUGGAAACACCAUAACCAAAUCAUUUUACUUACUUUCCUUUUAAAUUCUUAAAACAAAUUUUUUUAAAUGUUUAUUUAAUUUUGAGAGAGAACAAGAGAGGCAGAGUGCAAGCGGGGGAGGGGCAGAGAGAAUUCAAAGCAGGUUCCAGGCUCGAGCACAGAGCCUGAUGUGGGGCUCGAACUCCCAAACUGUGAGAUCAUGACCCUAGCCGAAGCCAGACGCUUAACCGACGGAGCCACCCAGGUGCCCCAGUUUUCCUUUUAAUAUUUGCACAAGAUGAAUGUAAACAUUAUAUAUCUAAAAGUUUUAAUAAGUACAGAAUAAGUAUAAAUGAUAAAACUGUUUUUUCUAAAAAUUUUUUUAAUGUUUAUUUUAUUUUUUGAGAGAGAGAGAGAGAGGGCAUGAGCAGGGGAGGGCAGAGAGAGAGGGAGACACAGAAUCCAAAGCAGGCUCCAGGCUCUGAGCUGUCAGCACAGAGCCCAACAUGGGGCUCGAACUCAUGAGCCUUUGUGCUGUGAGAUCAUGACCUGAGCCGAAAUCGGCCAUUCAACCGACUGAGCCACCCAGGCGCCCCAAACUGUGUUUUCUUCGUGGUAGGUAAAUUGGUGCAUCGGAUGGAUUCUCAUCUGUGGCCUGCUGUGAAUCCUGGCUAAUUUGAUAAACUAAAUGAGCAUCUUAUUUUAUUUAGCUUUAAAAAUAAUUCUGUGAGGGUUUUGUUUUUCCUUUGAUAUUUUACUUAGGAUUUCUUCACCCCAAGAUCAAAUACAUAUUCAUCGAAAUAUAUGGACUGUUACCUGUUUCACUGUUCCAUUUAGGUUGAAGAAUUUAUUGGAGGAAUUUGCACACAUAUUACAAAGUAGAGAAGAAUAUAAUGAACUGCAUACACUCACCGCUCGGCUUUAACAAUUACUGAUACAUGACUAAUCUUGCUCUAUCUAUAUCCUCUUGCACUCUUCACCCCUUUUCCACCCUGGUAUUUUGAAGUAUAAAUCCCUCACAUGAUUUCAUCCAUAAAUACUUAAGUAUGUGCCUUUCAUAGAUUUAAAAAAGAAAUAAAAUGUCGUUAUUACAUCUGACAAAGCUAACACUACUUCAUGUUAUUUAAUUAAUAUCUAGAGUUCAAUAUGAUACCUAGUGUGUUAGGCCUUGAGGAUACAGCCUGUAAAAGUAAGGUCUAUAAGGUUUUAAUCCCCGUGUGCCAAAAUCCUAGUGUGAGGAGACAGGCAAAAAAAGUAAGAUAAGAACAAGACAGUUGUGUUAAGUGCUCCGAAGCAAACACAGUGGGCCAUAGGACAGAAGGACCCAGGCCAGGCGUGGGCUGUUCCAGGCAGGGUGGUCAGGGAUGUCGUGGGGGGGUGUCGUGGGAGACCUGAUGAAGAGAAGGACCCAGGAACAGGUUCCUGGGGUCGGGGGUUCCUGGGGUAGGUGGCGUUGAGGGGAAGGAGAUUGUGAUUUCGGUGGGCCUGAGGGAUGUGUCCUUUCUCCAAGCCAAUUCUUUUCAUUGUUAAUGCUGACUUGAGUUACAGUCAUUUGUAAUUUGUAACUUUUUGGUAUCUAACUUUUCGGCAGGGUAAAUAGGAGGAGCCAUCCAAAA